AUGACCAUGACCACCAUGCCAGAAAGUCUCAACAGCCCCGUAUCGGGCAAGGCGGUGUUUAUGGAGUUUGGGCCGCCCAACCAGCAAAUGUCUCCUUCUCCCAUGUCCCACGGGCAUUACUCCAUGCACUGUUUACACUCGGCGGGCCAUUCGCAGCCCGACGGCGCCUACAGCUCGGCCUCGUCCUUCUCCCGACCGCUGGGCUACCCUUACGUCAACUCGGUCAGCAGCCACGCGUCCAGCCCCUACAUCAGUUCGGUGCAGUCCUACCCCGGCAGCGCCAGCCUCGCCCAGAGCCGCCUGGAGGACCCAGGGGCUGAUUCUGAGAAGAGCACGGUGGUGGAAGGCGGUGAAGUACGCUUCAAUGGCAAAGGGAAAAAGAUCCGAAAACCCAGGACGAUUUAUUCCAGUUUGCAGUUACAGGCUUUGAACCGGAGGUUUCAGCAAACUCAGUACCUAGCUCUGCCCGAGAGGGCGGAGCUCGCGGCCUCCUUGGGACUCACGCAGACGCAGGUUAAGAUUUGGUUCCAGAACAAGCGCUCCAAGUUCAAGAAGCUGAUGAAGCAGGGCGGGGCGGCUCUGGAGGGUAGCGCACUGGCCAACGGCAGGGCGCUGUCCGCUGCCUCCCCGCCGGUACCUCCGGGCUGGAACCCUAACUCUUCCUCCGGAAAGAGUUCCGGUGGUAGCGCGGGCUCCUACAUCCCCAGCUACACGUCGUGGUAUCCUUCAGCGCACCAAGAAGCUAUGCAGCAGCCCCAGCUCAUGUGA